CAGGCAGCGCUACUGUCUACCCGUGCGUACAGUGCUACCCUGAACACAAAAAUCCAUACUCGGUGUGACCAGUGCGCUAGACGGACGGCCACUCUUCAUUCUCAGAUUAGCCAGCUCGCUCGGGAGGGCUCUCUUGCGCUAUGGAGACUCCAAGUGGGCCCGCCGAUGAGGGACCCGCCUCGGGUCAGCCUCCUCCGCCUCCAUCGCCGCUCUCCGGAGCCUAUCUACUCAUCCUAGUCGGCGAACCACACACUGACGCUCACAAAGAUGACAUACUCAGGAAAAUCGCUAAUGGUUUCCUGUCAUGGGAUAUGGAGUCCUGUCACGUGGCUCUAGACAAAGAGCUACAAGCCAUCAUAGCUCAGGCCCCCGAGGGAGAAGAAGCGCGAAACGGUGAACGACUGAUACAGUUCGCCAGCGAGAGUCUAGUGACUGAAGUACUGAUCCAGCCGCAGCUGAAUACACUCAUUCAGUGCAUCCGUAACCUGCUAUCGAGCUUCACCAAACACAGGCACAUCAUCCACGCCGGUUACACAUUCGCCGGUACCGGAUCUUGGGUCGUACAGGACGGCACGUUCUCAUUGGCCGACCUCAUCGACGCCUUCCAAGAGACCGAGGUACAACGGGUGCUGCGAGCCUAUGAGAACUCCGUGACUGUAGACAUCCACUGCGCUCCGGAAGGAGAGUGGAGUACCGCCCGUCUCAGGCGGGAAAGCUUCACCAAACUGUGCAAAGUUCGGGUGAAUCCUGACGAUAGCCCUAGUCCUGCCGCCAACAUCCAACAGUUUGUAGACUACUUGGCUCCCUUCGUGCGGCCAGCCUCGGUGGAACAACUGUUGGAACCUUCCGAUGUUGUGGGCAACAUCCGAUUCAGCCAUCCGACCCUCUACGUGUUUCCCGGUGGUCAAGGAGACGCCGCUCUCUUCGGUAUCAAUGGUUUCAACAUGCUCGUGGACGGAGGGUUCGCGCGUAAAGCCUGCUUCUGGGACUUUGCUCGCCAUCUGGACCGGCUCGACGCCGUCCUCAUGACGAGAAUCAACAACAGCAACGUCAAUGGACUCGCUUCCGUCCUCAGAAGAAAGAAAAAUUCACAUGUUUACCCUCAGAUUGGCCACUUCUUCUGUAAUUUACAGGAUCGUAAGCAGCCAACGACGCCGGACGACGAGAAAGUGCGAGAUCCUCUACUUGUGAGCCUCUUGGACGAGGGAGAAGAAAUGGUGCAAAAUUUAAGGCAUCUACAGCUGAAGCCCCACCAUUGUGUGCGUGAAUCUGUGUUAGAACCAAUCAAUCUUUAUCACAAAGUUGGUCAUGGCAAAUUGGACAUGUAUGUUAUUAGUCCUAGUAAAGACAGUAAAGAGCUAAAAGAGUUCUUGUCCAAGUGGCAUUCGAACGAUAUUUCAUUGUUUACUAGUGUUACGAAAAAAUCUGGAGAUAAAGACAUUAGUUUUCCUUUGCAAAACCUUGUUUCCAUUUGUGCGCUAUUAGUGUGGCAACCGGCAAAUCCAGAGGAUACCAUCACGAGGAUACUGUUUCCCGGUAGUACACCUCAGCAUAAAAUAUUUGAAGGGUUAGAAAAAUUACGUAGCCUAGAUUUUAUGAAACAGCCCGUAUGUACAGCCAAAACGCUUUCACCAUCAUCGUCGACGAUAGGUAUAAGUACGAAAGUUAGUAAAACUAAGUCCACGCCUGCUGUGAUUGAUAAACUACUGCCUGGAGAGGGAUUGACUAAACCUGUUCCUAAAGCCGUGUCGCAAACGGAGCCAGUUGCAAAACAAAAUGUUGCAAAAAGUGCAACAAUCCCAGUUUCAGGUGACAGCAAACCAAAAACAACACCAGCUCCUGUUCAAAAGCCUCCAAAACCUAAACAAGAAAGAAUUAAACCAGACAAUAAGACUGAAGUAGAAAAAGAAAUUGAUACAGAUGUAAUAAUGCCAUCAAAACAAGAUAAGCCCACAAUAAUUUCUGAUCAGAAUAAGGAAAAGGAAACAGUAAAAUUAAAGGGAGAUAAACAGAAGUCUGAAACAAAGUCUAAGAAAAUAGAACCAAAAAUAACAUCAAAAGUAUCAGAAAGAAAAGCAACCAAAUCAUCUUCAGUGGAAAAGAAAGAUUCGGUUAAAUCAUCACCUACAACACCAAAAAAAUCUGUAGAUUCCAAGAUUAAUGGAGUAGCCACUAAAUCUGAGAUCAUUAAAAGCACUGCAAAGGUCUCUAAUAAAACAAGAACAUCACCCUCUGCAACACCGGCAAAAAGUACUAAAGAAGAAAAUAAUAGGAAAGUAGUGGAAUCCAAGGCGAAAGCAGCUGUAGCUGCGAAAUCAUCUGCAGCAAAAUCUGCCAAAAAAGAAGAAAUAAUUCCUAAACCAAAACUAGACAAAAAACCGGCUAAGAAAUUAUCAUCUUCUUCACCAGUAAAACUACCCUCAAAGUCAUUCUCCCCUGUUAAAGCUGCUAGUAAAACUAUCACAAAAACAAAGAAAGAAACAAAAAAGGUUAAAGGUGAAAUCGAGAAAGGAAUAAUAACUGAUUCAUCCACUGUUUCCACACCUUCCACUAUUGAUGCUGAACUCGCAAUUACAAAAGAAGGAAAACCGGAGGAUACUGAUAAAGUUGAAGAAAAAGCAAUUGAAAAGGAAGGAGAAAAGGUAGAAGAAAAAGAAAAAGCAGAAGAUGAUUCUAAUAGGGAAAUUGAUGAACAUAUUGACACCAAAGAAAAAGCUGAAGAAGUGAGUGCAAGUGAAGAAGUACCUAGUGUUGAUAAGUUAAAAGAAAAACAAGUUGAUGCAAGCGAAAAGGAAUUUAGUGAGAAAGAAGAGGAAGACGAAAUAUUAAUAAUUGAAAAAGUUGAAAUUGAACAGUAUGGUGAAGACUCUGUACAUGAACAGGAAAGUCUUGAAUCUCACUUACCAGAUGAAGGCGAAGAAGAAAUACAAAAACUGUUACGAGAUGAAGCUGAAUCUGAAAAAAAGAAAGAUGAAAUAACAAGAAAAGAAAGCAUUCACGAAAAGGAAGAAAAAGAUAUACCAUCUGUUAUUGAUGAAAUAGUUGUUGAUGAUGACGCAAAACAAGACGUCCAAUCUAAAGAGCUUGAUGUUAAGAAAGAUGAUGCCGGACCUACUGAUCUAGCACUGAAUUUGAGUAAGGAGGUAAUACCAGAUAAAGUUCUUACUCCUGAAAACAGAGAACAAAUUGAAGAAGAGGUUCAAGAUAUUAUUACGUCUGCCACAGACUUUGUUGCAAAAGCAAAGCUUGAACAAUCAAAAGAAAGUUCGGAACUUUCAGCCGAAGGUGUAGGGUCUGACGAACAAAAGACUUCUGGAGAGACAAAAGAUCUUCUGUCUAGUCCAGAAAAGCAAAAUAUUUUGUCCGAUAGAAAUUUGACAGAUGACGAUAACAAGCAAGAUGACACCAAAGACAAGUCCAAAGAGCUAGGUGACGUAAAAUAUGGUGCUGAGGAAAGUCAACCGGAUGAAAAAUUUUCCACUACUGUAGAAUCCGGGGCAACAACCGCGCCAACGCUACCUGAGGAUGAGAGAAUCCCACUUGAUGAAAUAAAAGAAGGUGUGGAAGAGAAAUAUGAUAAAGAAGAAACCAAAGAAAAAGACGUGGUGAUACCUCAAGGAAGAGUUGACCAGCCAACAACUUUACCACAAGUAGCAGUUAUUCCAGGAGGAGCUUUUGAUGUUCACACAUCCCAUAUGCUAACAAGAGAUAUAGUAAAAACUCCAGAUGAGGUUGCUGAUCUACCGGUUCACGAAGAAGUUGAUGGUGUUUAUGAGGAUGAGGAGUUUAGCCGAGAAGGCUCAAAAAGUAAAGACGACUUGUUAAAUGUUGUAAGUGGUAAAAAGGAACAGGAAAAGGAAGAAGAAAAAGUACAAAAGACACAGACAAUUCCAUUAAAAGAGGAACUGCCGCCUGCUCCAAUUGAAGAGAUUGAAAUCCCAAAAGAUGUUAAGGCAGAUGAAGAAGAACUCAAGGAACUAAAACUAAUACGACAGAGACUCGAAGAUGAAGAUACUACUAUUGAUAAGGCUGUGGUUGAUUAUUUAGCUUCUAAAGACGUGACUGAUAAAGUAGAUGAAUCUUCUAGUGAUAUAGGUUCAAAAAUAAGAAAAGAUGUUGACUUACCAGUUGACAAAAUGUUUGUUGAAGAAGAUUUAAUCCACUCUACGUUAAAGGCUCCGGAAGUAGCUGAACUUGUGUUGGUUACUCCUGACUCUGCUCCAGAUUCGCCUCUACAUCAUAUAGAAGAAAAGAAAGAAAUCAAAUCAAAAACUGAAGAAUCCCUCAUACUAGAAGCUAAAAGCGUCGAUGUUCACCAACAUAAGGACGAUGAUUUAUCACUUGAUACCAAAGAAUUAAAAGUUCCAAAAGAAGAAGGUCAGAAAGAAAAAGAAGACAAAAUUGAAACAGACGUUAACAAAGACGUAGUUAUUGAAUCUCUUCAAGAAAUACCUAAAGAUAGCGAUGAAAAUAGGAUUGAAAAGACUACUAAAGAACUACCACAAAAACAAGAAAGCCCAGAGAUUUUGACUGAAGUAGAUGAAGUCACACUAGCUACAGUAAAUGAAAUUAAAAGUACAGUGGAUGCUCCAAAAACUCCUCCAGCAAGUCCCGUUUUAGGUGUACAAGAAAGGAAAGAGUCCAUAGAAGCUAUUGGAGCAAUUCUAGAAACAACUAAGGAACUAGAUUUAAAUUUAGCUAAUAAACAAAAUGGAAAUCAAGAACUAAGUGAAUCUAAGGCCCUCUCUCAUGAUGUUGAGGAUGAUAUUAGGGAUAAACCUAUUAGUGAAGACCAAAAAGCAGAGGAUAUUACAAGGCAAUCAGAAUUAAUAAAUGAGAAAACUGAGAAAAUUCAGAAAAUUGAUUCUACAUCUAAAGAAGAUGAAAUUGGAAUGAAAUCGUCAUCUGCGGUCUCGGAAUCAAAUGUAGGAGACAAGGAAGAAUCUAUUAAAUUACUGGAUGAAAGUAUACAGAGUCAGAGUGGAUCUAUACAACAUGAAGACGUAACUUCUUCCAAGCCAAGUGAGUCAGAUGAUACAGCCAAUAUUUUGAAAGACAUUAAGUUAGAAAAAGAAACAUUCGACAAAGAACGUAUGUUGAAGGAAGAUUCUCAAAUACAUAUCAGUUCAGAAAAUAUUAUUAAACCUCUAGAAAAGCAAGACAUUUCUAAAUCAGAAAGUCCAAUACCAAGUGAAAAAGGUUUGGAGAUUUUGGAUGAUACAAAGGACGUGAUUCAACUAAAACAAGAAAAACUUGAAUCAUUGCAGGAAACACAAGCCACUAUUCAAGUUGGUGGUCUCAUUCAAAUAAGGGAGGAAAAUAAAAAGGAAAUAUCUGAUAGAGAAAUUGUAGAAGGUGAAGAACAUCAAUCACCAAAAAGUGUCAGUCCAGCUCCAAGUGGGAAAACUGAAGAUGUAGAUGAAAAACCUACACUUACUUCAAAGAGUCCACCAUUAACUGACGAUGUUAUAAUUAAACCGCCCAAAGACGUGAACGAAAUACACACUAGUGUUUGUGUAGCUCCUGAAAAAAGUGAUGAUAAAGGCACAACACAAGAAAUAGCAAACGUAGACAUAUCCCACGUUUUGGAUGAGUCUGUUACCGAAAAAACAAAGGAUGCAGAGUCAGUUUCAUUAGAAAAAGAUGAUGUAUCAAAAUCAGUUAGCCCUGAAUUACUUAAAAAAGAUGAAGUUCCAGAUGAAAGUGCCAAAGAUAUAACGAUGCAAGAAGAAACAACGGCAUCUACUGCUAAGCGUGUUAGUCCUAUUCCAUGUGAGAAGGAAGAUUCCAGAGACACUGAAACAAUAGUUUUAGAUGGUACUAAGGAAAUCAGUUCACUAAGUACCAGUCCAGUUCCAAUUGAUAGGGACGGUACUAAAGAUACAAAACUCCAUGAAGUACUUACAGAAUCCAUUGUCCAAAGGACUAGUCCAGUUCCGAGCGAUAAAGAUGAUUCAAGAGAUCAAGAAUCAAUUGUUAUAGACGAUAAAAAAGAAAUAAGUCCCGCAAGCACCAGUCCUGCACCAAGUGAAAAAGAAAGUACCAAAAUACUAGAAGAACCAAGAGAAUCUCCUGCCCAAAGAGUUAGUCCUGUUCAAAGUGAUCAAGAUUCUAGAGACAUGGAAAGAAAAGAUUCCGAUCAUAAAAAGGAAGUUAGUCCUUUACGAACGAGUCCUGUUCCAAGUGAUACGGAUAGUAUAAAGGAUACAAAAGAACUACAUGAAUCAACAGAAUCUACUGUUCAAACCAUUAGUCCAACUCCAAUAGAUAAGGAAGAUUCUAAAAUCAUAGAAACAAAACAUCUAGAGGAUAAAAUGGAAAUCAGUCCCCCAAGCACCAGCCCUGUUCCAAGUGAUAGGGACAGUAUCACUGAAACAAAACUACAAAAAGUACCAACAGAAUCUACUGUCCAAACAAUUAGUCCUGUUGAAAUUGAAAAGGGUGAUUCCAGAGAUGUAGAAUCAAAAGUUACAGACGACAAGAAGGAAAGUAGUCCCUUAAGCACCACUCCUACUCCAAGUGACAAAGAAAGUGCCAAAUAUACUAAAAUCCUAGAUGAAUUAACAGAAUCUACUGUCGAAAAAACAGAUUCUAUUACAAGUGAUAAGAAAGAUUCCAAAGAUACAGAAACAAUAAUUUUAAAAGAUGAAACAGCUAUUAGUUCUCUGCACACAAGUCCUCUUGUAAGCGAUAAAGAAACAGAUAAGGAUAAUAAAGAAUUAAGUGAAGAAAAACUGGUAGCUACUAAAAGCAUUAGUCCGGUUCCAAGUGAUAAGAGUGAAGAAAACGAAAAGAAGGACUCAGAUGGAAAAUUACAAACCACUCCUACAAGCACGAGUCCUAUUCCAAGUACUGUAGACGACAUAAAAGGACAAUCACAAAUCCCUCCCUUAAGUGCUAGUCCAGUUACAAGCGAUAUAGACUAUUCAACAGAGAGAGAAACAGAAGUUUUAGACGAUAAAAAAGAAACUAGUCCACUUAGCAAAAGUCCUGUUCUAAGUGAAAAGGAAAGUGUAAAAAUCUUAACAGAAACAACAGAAUCUACUGUUUUAAAAACCACUCAAGUUCUAAGCGAAAAGGAAGAAUCUACAGAUAUAAAAACAAAGAUUUUGGAGGAUAAAAGGGAAAUCAGUCCAGUAAGUACCAGUCCUACUCCAAGUGAAAAGGAAAGUACCAAAGAUACCAAAAUCCUGGAUGAGUUAACAGAACCUACUGCACAAAGCGUUAGUCCAGUUCCAAGUGAAAAAGAAGAUUCCAAGGACACAGACAAAACAGUUUUAGAAGAUGAAAAAGAGAAAAGCCCUUCACGUAUCAGCCCUGUUCCAAGUGAUAAAGAUACAGAAGGAAUACAACUACAAGAAGAACCAACAGCAUCUACUGUGAAAAAACUUACAGGAUCUCUUGAAAGCGACAAGGAUGAUUCCAAAGUUGUAGAAUCAAAAAUUAUAGAUGAUAAAAAAGAAAUUAGUCCAAGAAGCAUCAGUCCUGCACUAAGUGAAAAAGAAAGUGCUAAAAUACUAGAAGAGCCAAGAGAUUCUUCUACUCAAAGAGUUAGUCCUGUUCAAAGUGAUCAAGAAGAUUCUAGAGACAUAGAAAGAAAAGAAUCUGAGCAUAAAAAAGAAGUUAGUCCUUUACGAGCGAGUCCUGUUCCAAGUGAUACGGAUAGUAUAAAGGACACAAAAGAACUACAUGAAUCAACAGAAUCUACUGUUCAAACCAUUAGUCCAACUCCAAUAGAUAAGGAAGAUUCUAAAAUCAUAGAAACAAAACAUCUAGAGGAUAAAAUGGAAAUCAGUCCCCCACGCACCAGUCCUGUUCCAAGUGAUAAAGAAAGUACCAAGGAUACAUCAGCUGUUGGGAGCCCUAGUCCUGUCCCAAGUAUUAAAGAUGAUGGAGAGGAUUCGACAUUGUUAACUGAACAAACUCAAGUAGUUUCUACUAAAAGUAUAACUCCUGUUCUGAGUGAUAAAGAAGAUCGUGUUGUAGACGAUAAGAAACCAACCACUCCUGGAACAACAAGUCCCGUUCCUAGUGAUAAGGGAGACUCCAGAGAAUCAGAUAGGAAAGACAAUGAAGAUAAACAAACCAAGCUUGAAACCUCCAGUUCGGUUUCAAGUGACAAAGAAAGCAUCAAAGAUACAGAAAUUCCUGCAGACGAUAAAAAACCAACCACUCUUGAAAUAACAAGGCCUAUUCCUAGUGAUAAGGAAGACACCAGAGAAUCGGAUAGAAAAGAUCAUGAAGAUAGGCGAACUGAACUUGAACCCUCCAGCUCUGUUCCAGGUGAUAAUGAAAGCAUCAAAGGUACAGAAAUUCUUGCAGAGGAUAAGAAACCAACCACUCCUGAAAUGACAAGUCCUAUUCCUAGUGAUAAGGAAGAACCCAUAGAAUCGGGUAGGAAAGAUACAAAAACUAAAAUUGAAGACUCCAGCUCUGUUUCAAGUGACAAAGAAAGCAUCAAAGAUACAGAUGUUCUAGAUAAACAAAAACAAACAAUACAAGAUGGCACUACUUCAGUUCCAAGUGUAAAGGACGAUACAAAGGAAAUAAAAAUAGACGAAAAAGUACAAACAACUUCAAAAAGCGUCAGCCCUGUCUCAUGUGAUAUAGAGGAAGCUAAAGGUAUUGACGUGUUAGAUGAACCGAAACAAUCCAUUACAAAAAGUGUUAGUCCUGUUUCAAGUGAAAAAGAAGAUUCCGUAGAUGUAGACACUACUGUGUGUGAGGAUAAAACAGAAAUAACUGCUGCGAGCAUAAGUCCUAUUCCAAGUGGAAAAGAAAGUGUUAAAGAUUCAGUAUUUAUAUCAUCAACUACUGAUUCUCUCCUAGGCGAUAAAGAAGCUGUAAAUAAUAUUAAGGAUAGAGAUCAAGAAAAGCAAAUAACUGCAGAAAGUAUGAGUUCUAUUGCAAGUGACAUCGAUGCUAAACAUAUAAUUGACUCCAAUGAACAGAACAAAGCUACUCCUAAGAGCAUUAGUCCUCUUCCAAGUGAUAAGGAAGAUGACAAAGAUUCAAAAAGUAAAACUUUAGACGAUAGAACAGAUAUAACUUCAAAAACUAGCGUUCUAGAUUCUAGUGACAAAGAAGGGAUUAAAGAUAUAAAACAUCUAGACGACGAAAAACAAUCUACUCCCAAAAGCACUAGCCCUGUACCUAGUAGUGAGGUUGAUACAAAGACAGUUACAGAAGAACAGAAACAAACGGCUCCUGUAAGCUCAAGUCCUAUUCCAAUUGAUGAACAUAAAGACAGUACUCCUCCCCAAAGUGUCAGUCCUCAUGCAAGUGAUAAAGUGGACAGUAAAGAUGUUGACGGAACACUAUUAGAUGGUCCAAAAGAAGUCUCUCCCAAAAGCUUAAGUCCUGUACCUAGUGAUCGAGGUGACGACACAGACCCAAAUAUGAAAACUAUUCAAGAAAAUGUUCAGAAAUCUAUAAGCCCUGUUCCAUCUGAAAAAAGUGAUGUAUCAGAGAAAGAAGUUUUAAAAACACAUGAUAAUAUACUACAAAAGCAAUUAGAUGUGCAAAACAAGACUUCCGGCGAAGAAGAAUUGAAAGAUAUUCAAACUGCCAAAUCUGAAGUGUUUGAUGUAACUCAGGAAAAAAUUAAAAUUUGCAGUCCAAUUUUGAGUAAAAAAUCAGAAAUAAUCGAAUCGACGAGUUCAGUAGAAGUGGAAGUGAGUGAAGAUUUGGACGUAAAAGGUAGUGUUAGUCCAGUUUCCACCGAGAGUGAUAAAUUACAUGAGAAAGAAAGUAAAAAGAAAGAAGAUGAUACAAAAGAUUCUACGUUAGAGUCAGCCAAGGACGAUAUUUAUAAAACUGAUAGUCUACAACUAACUGACACAAAGAAAUCAGAAAAGGACGAAGCCAUAUUUUUAGAUGAUACAGUAGAUACAGCUAAGUGUAUUAGCGCAGUAUCAAGUGAAAAAGAAGAUUCAAAACUAUUAGAAAAAAGUAAGGAUGAGGUUCAGAAAAUAACUUCACCUAGCCAUAGUCCAGAAAAACACCAAAAAGACCAUGCAGACGAGUCGGCUGAAGCAAAAUCAAUAGAUAUUAAGCAAGAUGACCUAAAAAGCAUUAGCGAACUACCAAGUAGCACGAGUGAAAUUACACACACAGAAAAGCAAGAUACUCCUAAGUCUGUAAGUCCUGUGCCAAGUGAAAAAGAUGGUUCAAAAAUUGUGAAAGAUGUUUUAGUCAUCGAAAAGGAGAUCGACAGCGUUUCAGUGGAAAGCUCAUUAGUGGAUCAAAAAUUAACACAUGAAGAAACUGAAACUGGUGUAUCAAGUGAGGAAAAAAGAGAUAGCACCAAGAUCUGCAGUGAUGAAAAAAGUACAGAAACUAAGAUUGAAAAAUAUGAUACCUCCAUGAGUGUAAGCCCUGUUCCUACAGAAAAGAUAUCUGACGACAAUAAAACAGGAUUGAAAAGUGAGGCUUCGACAACAGAGAAGGCAGAUACUGAAUUGUCUGAGAAACAGACGGAUGUGGUGGAAAAGAUUGGUCCACUGUCUAUUUUAGAACAGGGGAAAGAAAAAUCUAAGUCUCCUGAUAGUUUUGACAGUAGCGUUAGAGGUGCAGAUCAGAAAGGGUCUCAGGAUGGAGCAAAAGGUAUUUCAAAAGCAGUUCUAGACGAAAUACCAAAACAAACUGUCCACGAACUGGACAAAGCAUCAGACGCUAUAGAGAAAGGCAUUCUUGAGACUUUACAAUCUGAAAAAGAUGCAGAAAGUGUUAAAGCUGAAACAGGUGAAAUAGCCUCAGAUGCUGUACAAUCCAUAAUUGAUUCGAACGCUGUUUCUACUGAUAAAGUGCCUAUUGCGGGGUUACAUAAAAGCGAUGACAAGACUCUAGUUUUCGACGACUCUAAAAGUAGUGAAAAAGAAGGGAAAAGUGAAACUCAAGCUAAAGGAAUCGUUACUGUUCCUUCUACAGAUAAACAAACACUUGAACCAUUAAAUGGAGUUCCUGCUGCAGUAAUCAGUUCUGUAGAUGUGAGUUCGAGACAUUUGGUUGAGAGUGCAAUAGAAAAUAAGGAUAUUAAGACUGAAGUGGCUGUUAAGGAUGACUCUGAUAGUACUGUGCCUUCUACUGUUGUAGGUUCCAAUGUAGAAUUUAUAGAAAAAAGUAGUCUUCCAGAUGGAGACUCAAAAUUAAAAUCAGAUUAUGAAACUGAAUCAAAUAAAUGUGCUCAAAAAUUACAUUCAACUGAUGAUAAAGAUGGCCUAAAGUCGGUAGAAUCUAGUUCUAUGAGUAGUACUAAAGAAAGAACCGAUAGUGAAACUUCGCGUAAAACAGAUACCUUACAUACAUCCAAAGAUGAAUAUUCGUCUUCAAUUCAUAGAAUGCUGGUAACCGGGAGCAGUGAAGAUGGUGGCACAGAGAUAGAAUUAUGCUCAAGUUCAGUUACGAGAAUGACAACCGAUUCAUGUGACAAACAUUUAGGUAAUGUUUCACACCAGAAAGUAUCAGGUGAUGAUCAAGCAAAAACUUCUUCUUCCUCAUCUGUAGUUUCUGAAAAACAAGAUACUUCAUCUGUUCAAGAAUCUGACUUACCCACAUCUGAAAAAACGAUAAUCACUACUACUCACUAUACAACUAGUGAAGGAAAAACAAGACCCAGUGAGAGCACAAAACAAGGUGAAGUACUUAAGACUAUCACGACGACUAUUACAAAAACGUAUGGAGACCAUUCCUCAACUACUAUAAAAACUGUAGAGGAAUGUGUCGUAGAACCAACUGGUGAAAGAAAACCACCCUCACAAGAAGAAGGUACUGCAGCAAGUGAAUUAGUUAAAGCUUCUAAACCAAGCAGUGAGACGGCAUCUUCUGGUGGUACAAGCCAUACAUUAAAAAAAGAAUUAUCUGAUGCUGGUAGAAGUGGCACACCCGCUUCGGACAUGGCAAGUGAACGAGAGUUUGAAGGCCCAUCCACACCACAUAGUGAUAUUAGUAGUGGCCAGGUAUCUAGAGCAGCUACACACGUCUGGGGAGAAACUAGUGAAGGUCGUCCUGACUCGAGACAUUGUGACAGUGAUGAUGACAUCCCUUGUUCUCCAAUGAGUGUCACAUCACAUAUCGCACAAUCACCGCCGCAAUUCGAUUUUGAUGUCCACCAGCACUCAAAGCAAGGUUUCUACGAGGAAUCGUCUAAGCUCAAAGAAUCAGCAAUACCUUCAGCAAUGACAAGUUCUCUAUAUGGAAGUCUUCCUGAAGAGGAUCCUUUAGAAGAGUAUUUAAAGGACAAUAAACAGUCAAGUGGAGAAAGUCAAAUGUACUCGUCGAUGUAUGUAUCAAAAUACGGAGACGAUGAAAAUCAACCGUACUCGAGUUCUGAAAAAGGUCAGUUUGAAUCUAUGUUCAGUUCUAAAAAGGAAGACAUUGAUUUUGAAACUGCCGUCAAAGAACACAAGUCUACAAGAGGGGAAGAUCUAACAACCAAAUAUACAAAUGGUGGCAAGACCCAAACGCUAGCGGGAAAGUCGGAAAUAGAUUCCAAAUCAAUUUACAGCGGAGCUAGCACGAACGGACACGGUAAACCUCAUGUUAACGGAAAAAGUUCCCAACCAGAUAGUUUAGAAUAUCAGGAAUCUCAGUCAUCAACAUCAACUACAACGACUAGUGUUCCUCAAAAAGCUGUAACUAGUCAAUCCGUACUUUCUGAGGUUCAAAUCAGUUCAAGUAGUACCAAGGCUUCCAGUGAGGAUAAGAAGGAUCCGAUUGAGGGAUGGGGAAAACCCCUGGGGCUUCCUCCUCCACCUAAGAAUUUAAUUGACUCGCCCUUAAGCCGAAGUACAUUAACUCUAGUCUGGAAUCCAGCCGAUGAAUGGGGUAUUCCUCUGGGUUUGCCUUCACCUGCCCCUCCUCCGGUUAAAAAAGACUCUAUGAAUGGAGAGAUUGAUACCGAAAUAACAUCAACCAGCAAUAAAACGACACCCAAGAAAGUUGCAAGAAGGAAUGCAGAAAAUAAUAAAUCUGCCUCUAACACACCAGUCGGGAAAGAGGCAAGCAACAAGUCGAAGCACCCUGAGUCACCUGUGAAACGAGCCUCAAACAAAGACUCAAGGUCAAAGCCCGUUACACCAGUCUACAUGGACCUGACCUACGUGCCCCACCACGGCAACUCGCACUAUACGUCCGUCGAGUUCUUCAAGCGCGUCCGGGCACGUUACUACGUGUUCAGCGGCACCGAACCGAGCCGCGAAGUGUUCAACGCUCUUCUGGAGGCUAAGCAGACGUGGGAGGACAAAGAUUUAGAGGUGACGAUUAUCCCCACCUACGACACAGACACGCUCGGAUACUGGGUGGCCGAGAAUGAGGACAUUCUAGCCAAGUACAAGAUAGACCUCUCUCCCUCCGCCAGCCGCUGCACCAUCAAUCUCCAGGAUCACGAGACCAGCUGUUCAGCAUACCGGUUGGAGUUCUAGGACCGCUCCCCCCGCCCCGCGGACAGCCAACUCCACGUCUUCGGGUGCGCAGCGUCCUAGAGCUCUCCUCCCUUAGAGAUACCUGAGCCAUCAAUGUAUAAUCACUUGUUGAAGUAAGGAAUUUGUUUUUUGCAACCAGCAGCAAAGGACUUGGUGUCCACUCGUUGUUUUAGUAUUUCGUGAUCUUCAAUGCAGAUUACAGCUUGUUCCACUGGCAUUUUUAUUGUAAGUUCGGUGUUAAGUAUAUUAAUUAAGUAAUUUAUUUUAAUUUAUUGUGCUAUUUCGUGUGAUACUUAUCAGUUUAAUAAAUAACUGUUAGCAUAUUUUUAUUGUGUACUGUCUGAAAAAGAAACAUAAUUGUUUUAGCUGUUCAGAAAAAAAUAGUUUCUAAUUUUCUUUAAUAUUAUUUAUUAUUUGCUGCUCAACAAAUUGUCCUUAUAUUUCCUGUAUAUCCGUCCACAUAAUUUAUUACUGUAUUCAUAAGAUCAUACACUGAUGAGAGUUUUUAGGGCGCUUUUAAAUCUUUUAACCACUUAGACGUAAAGUUUUGACGAUCACUAUACGGUCCUAUUCGAGGUGAAAAACCUAUUCCUUAAUGUUAGUCAAUAGGAGGUGAUUAUACAUUAUUUAAGGCACUUAGCGAAAGCUACGAAUACUUAUAACUUUAAAGAGAUAAAUUUCAUUAAUCAAAAUAUGUAAUUUAAGCAGUCGAGUGACCCUAAUAUUCAGUCACGGAUCUAUUUUAGUACUUUAGCUUUGAAUUUCCUAGCCAUGACGUGAUUAUUUGUAGUGUAAGUUAACUGUGACUGCGAUAGCGUUUACGGAAUCAAGCUCAAGUUUGUUGAGGUUCAGACAGGGUAUGAAUAUUUUUGUGUGAUGAAAGAGUACAGGUGCCUACGCCUAUGGCCGAAAGGGAUGAUGCGUACUAUCCGAGGGUGACGAAGGGGAAGGCACUGGGGGGGCCAUCUCGAGCGAGUCGGGUAGCGGAUGGAGCCUCAGCAACAGGGUGUCAGAGGUGGAACAACCCUGGUCCCUUUCAACAAUCAUGAAAUUGUUGCAGCGCAGUCCUUGUCCAUUUUGCUUUAUUACGUAUUUAAAGCUUAUUAUAAUACUACACUAUAUACCAGUACUUAAUAUAUUUAAAGGUAGAAGAAAAAGAAUUCCUUACAUUGAUGUUUAUACCAUUCAUCAUACUUAGAAAGUUGACGGUUGUUAUAUUUGUUGCUAGUUACGUUUAUAGAUUACGUUGCGGAUGUAAUAAAUAAUUUAAGUGUUAUUUCAUUAGCUGGAGUAAAAGCCUUUCGUAAUUGUAAGAGGAGAUGAGAUUUAUAAGAAACGUUAAUAGUAGAGAUUGAAUCAAAAUCGUUGAAAUUAUUUUUAACCGAUAUGUUAUACCCGACGAGCCUUGAGGCAGUUAGGUGCAUUGUUGUUACUAUCCCAUCUUUUUGAAGUAGACUAAGAACAAAUCUAGGAACCAAUCACAUCUGUUUUUAAAUUAGCAUAAGUUGCAAGACAUGCGCUAAAUGUAGUUUUUUCAGUACUCGCUCUUAAAUUAACGUCCCCGGUAUUAUUUGAUGACGUAUUUGUAAACUAGGCUGGAUUGCGUACGGUAGUCACUAAGAACGAAUCGAAGUUUCAAUGAAUAACUCUUAAGUUAUCUAUAACAACUUUUAUAAGGUAUAACGAAACUCUUAAACAUUAUUUGAUCAAGAAAGUAGGUGUUAUUUUCCCCUAGUGUAGCCCACUUCAGACAACAGUCGCUACUAGAUUACAAUGAGCGUGCGUAAUGUCGUAUUUGGAUGGAUGAAUUAAAAAUCCCUCAUGUUUUUGUACGUUGCUGUAUUUCUGCAUUCAAAUAUAACUUAACUGUAGAUUUAAUUUCCAUUUUAAAGCACAACAUGAUCGUUUUUCCCAUUUUUUCAAGCAUGCUGAAAACAAUGUUGAGUUUGUAAGAACAAUUUUAAUGGGAGACUAUGAAGUACGAGAAACUCUCGUACUGAUAUUGACUUAGAUUGUCUGUCAAUGUAAUUACUAAUUUUAACUAAAUACAAAAUUUAACUUUUUAAAACACCAUGAAAACUUGUUUUACCAAAUACAUAUGUUUUUCCAACUUUAAAUCUUCUUUACCAUAUGUCGCUUACACAUACUUUGCAACAUUGCAUAUACAAAGAGUAAACGACCGGAAUAGAAAACCUUAUAUACAUUUUUAAUCCUCACAAAUGGUUUAUGCAAAUUCAAUGAGUACUAUUCGAUAUAUGCACAUUAUAAACUGAUAAAAAAUUACUACCUCCACUUUAGUUACUUAAUUACAAAACAUUGUGAACUUAAAAACGUUCGGGCAGUGUAAGUCAAUAUUAUUUAAUGGUACGUUUAGAACAUUUUCAGCGUGACAUUCUUCAAGCAAUCAGCGAUUUUAGGUAAGGACAUUUGUAGGCUUUGAAAAAUAUGUAGCAUCGUUGGUUAUACUUUGAUUGGUUCCAAUCACAAGUCUCUUAUAGAGAGGUUGACCGGAUACGGAUGAAGUCGAGGAUGACUCCGUGUAGCCGAGUGCUCGUUCGCCCGGCUUCACCGACUGAAUCCUGCAGCCAUCGGCAAUAAAUUAAUUUAGAUGUCAGAAUCUUAGGUCUUUUGUAGCUUUGUAAUUCCAAUAAAAGACUGAAUCGAAAUAAGUUAAGGUGUGUGCGUUUCCGAAAGCAUUGGUUUAGCUCAAUAUUCCAACAGAUUUCCUUAGACAGUCCUUGAUUUUCUCUAACCCACUGAUGGUCUUAUAUGUGGAAUAUCAGCUGUUAUGUGGCUCUCUCACUGUCGAACUAUUGUUUGUCAUAAGCUAAUCCUGUAACAUGAAAUCAAUUAAUAAAUGUCUCAACGUCUAUUUUUAAUGUUUAUUAAAACCGUGUAGCUAAGUACAGUGUAAGUUCUUUUAUUAUGUUUUAGUCUGCAAUAAUUAACAAUACUCCCAUACAUUUAUUUAUGUCAUGCAGGAAUUGGGAUGAAAUUCUAUUUUCGUAGGAAAACGAUGAAGAAAAUAUUGGUUUGUGAAAGGGUAACUUUUUUAUUACGGAUAAAAUAUAAAUAUGCAUUUCCCAUAUUUUAUUUAAAUUAAUACCAUUGAUAAAAUUCUGUUGUUUUUGUGAACUAUUUCUCCUCAUACCAAUAAGUUUUCACCAAUGAACUUUUAUAACUGCUAUUUGCUUAUAAUUAACAUAAUUUUCAUUGUUUACACUUUUUGUUGAGGAUAUGCACUAUUUCAAGUGUAACCUUCAAAAUAUUAUUGUAAAUUAUUGCAGUCUAAAUUCAAGUGUUGUUCAUAGAAUUAAUUCCUACAGCUGUCCCAGCUUGUGUUACUUAUCUCGUAGCGAGUGUAUGUUGCCCCAGAACAUAUGUGUUAGGCUGACUGGAAUUAGAGUUUUGGUGGUUAAGAAGUCCUUUAAUCAGGACACGUUCCAUCCAGCUGAUCAAGUUUAUAAUUGAUAUAAUGGCCAUAAGUAUGUAUUUUUUUUUGCAUAAACAUGAUGUUUACGGUUUAUUGGUUGUUUAUUUAUGCACUAGCGUACUUAUGUUUUCAAUUUUUUAUUGACAUUGAGCUUAUGUAUAUCGAUUUGUUUGAUUAGCACACCGGUAGUUUACGUUAUGAUUAGAAACUAGGUGUAAAGUGCAAUCUAAGCUGUAAACAUAAUUUAUUUGUGAAUAGUGUGUUCCGGUUGUUUUGAUGAAGUUUGUAAUUUUAGUUAACCAGAGACCAAAAA